GGCCCGCCGGUGCGGGUGACCCGGCCGCUCCUCGCUGCCUCCUCCAAGCAUCCCCAGCCCGGCCAUGCCGCCCAAAUUCAAGCGGCACCUGAACGACGACGAGGUGACGGGCUCGGUGAAGAGCGAGCGGAGGAACCUGUUGGAGGAAGACUCAGAUGAAGAGGAAGACUUUUUCUUGAGGGGGCCUUCUGGACCCAGGUUUGGACCCAGGAAUGACAAGAUCAGGCAUGUCCAGAACCAGGUGGACGAGGUCAUCGAUGUCAUGCAGGAGAACAUCACGAAGGUGAUCGAGAGAGGCGAGCGGCUGGAUGACCUGCAGGAUAAAUCAGACAGUUUAUCAGACAAUGCAGCAGCUUUUAGCAAAAGAGCCAAGCACCUCCGGAGGCAGAUGUGGUGGCGAGACUGUAAGAUGAAGGCGAUCAUAGCGAUGGUGGUGGUGAUUCUCCUGCUCGUGAUCAUUGUACCCAUAGUCCUGAAGUACCGUUCCUGACGGGGCAGCUGGAGGCUUCGCUGGAGCAGCCUCUGGGAUGUCCAGACUGCUGUGUAAUUUAAGUGAGAUAUCUGUAUAUAGCUUUGAAGCUGUUUUUCUCCCGGGAGCAAGGAGCAGGAGGAGGUGGCAAGAGGCCAGUUCUAACGGAGCGUUUUAGGAACUGCCAAACAGCCCUUUUCCGGUCGAGUACCUGUUCCUCCCGUCAGACUUAUUUUUUAUAACAGAAGAUUCGGAUCCCAAAUCGCCUGUUUUGGGGAACUCUGGGUCUCUGGUUUGGAGCUGGCUACUUGCCACUACAAUCUAUCUGUAUAUAUGGUUGAGUUGUAAUAUUAAUAAUAAUACUGUUCAAGAAGCUCCCUGCUGUGGAAGGCAGAGGGGACUCUGUCCUUUAAUCAGAGAAAAAGAGGGGAUAAAUGUCUGAAGAGAAACAUAGCAAUAUAUUACAGGAAACUGGCUCUUCUGUGGAGAACUGCAAGGGUGUUGUUUCUUUUGU